AUGCCUCAUAGCCUAAUGAAACUCUAUAUCUCUCACGCUCUUACCACGUGGAAUUCGCGAACGUUCGAGUUCGGAGCCGUUAUCUUCCUCGCCGCUAUCUUUCCCGGGACCCUAUUCUACGCGUCUUGUUAUGCUCUCAUUCGGUCCAUUGCCGCCACCAUCUUAUCAUCGUACAUUGGCAACCUCGUGGAUCGGACGGACCGCUUGGCUCUCAUCAGACAAUCCAUCGUGUGGCAGCGAAUUCCCGUAGCAGCAUCAUGCGGCGUCUUCGUACUGCUUGCGAAGCUUCGCUCCUCCGGUUUCCUUACCGAGAUGCUCUUCGCCGUUACGGUUGCCCUUGCCUGCGUCGAGAAGCUGGCCUCAAUGGGUAACACCAUCGCUGUUGAGCGGGACUGGCUUGUUGUGAUAUCCGAGAGUACCGUGGUAGACCUUCAGGAUCUAAACGCUACCAUCCGCCGUAUCGAUCUCAUCUGCAAACUCGUUGCGCCGGUUGUGAUUUCCUUCGUUGACAGCUAUUCCACUCUGGUAGCCAUCUACGUGAUAAUGGGGCAAAGCACCCUUUCGGUCCUGAUGGAGUACUUCGCAAUCGCCCAGGUAUAUCACUCCGUACCCUCCCUCUCCCACCCCAAAGAACCCAGCACGCCCGACCCCACCGCCUCAAGUUCACGAGACCGCACCUCCAACCCCGCCUCCACCUCGCCAUGGCGCUCCUACACCCACAGCCCCGCCUUCUUCGCCUCCCUCUCCCUCAGUCUCCUCUACCUCACCGUUCUCAGCACCGGCAUUCAGUUGACGACUUACCUCCUCUCCUUAGGCUACGACUCCCUCUCCGUUAGCCUGAUGCGCCUCGCCGCCGUCGCCGUAGAGCUCUCGGCAACCUGCCUUGCACCGCUGCUUAUGGCGCGCAUUGGGGCGACGAGGGCGGGGUUGUGGUCUGUGAACUGGCUGCUCUGUUGGGUCGGCGGGGGUGUUGUGACGUUUCUGGGGCUGGGAGGAAAUGGUAUGGGGGCGGGGGCGGGGGCGGCUCUGGUGGGAGGGGUCGUGGGAUCGAGGUUGGGACUGUGGGGAUUUGAUCUUGCGGUGCAGUUUCUUGUGCAGGAGUCCACCCCAGCCGCCCACCGCGGCAAAUUCUCGGCAGCGGAGAUGGCGCUGCAGAACCUGUUCGAGCUCCUAUCCUUCGCGUCCACCAUAGUCUUCUCCAGCCCCAAAACUUUCAAGUACCCAGUCUUGAUCAGCUGCGGCGCCGUCGCCAUGUCUGCGUGCUGCUUCGCUGCGUUUGUUAGGCAGAAGCGGGGCCAUCUGCUGCACGCCUCCAAGUGUCUGAAGCGGAAGGAGUAUGUCGCGGUACCGCAAGUGGAAUUGCAAGAGCUCCGGCUGGACGAGGAUGUAGAGCACGGCCGGGAUUGA